CGUGGGGUGGUUUGAUGACGUACAUAGUGUACGAAUGGUCGUACUACCCCAUGGCAGCCGGUGAACAGCUGCUUUCGCCUAGCGCGUCCCUCAUAUUAAAGCGGACACGCCGGGUGGCUGCCCAUUCGAGGGUAGCAAGCGCGCGAGUGUAGUUAUAGAACCUUGGCAGGCUCGUUUUUCGAAAUACAUACGAAGGAUACGCGCUUUUUCGUAUCGCCGGUGCGGCUGUAGAAAAGUUAAAAACUGGCGGAAGCACUACAUAGUACCCCUUAGAGCGCCCCCUCCAUCCGAGCAGACGCUACCGUAGAACUACCACACGGAUGAGUCGGGCCGACGUCCACCGUCAACUUUUCUGUUUAAGCCUCAGUUAGUCUGCCUUCACCGCUCGAGGUUUAUGUAACGGACAGUUUCAUUGCUGGAUAUACGUGUGCUGUGUUGUGCUUUUAGCGUUAUGGGGUGUUACAACUUAACUAUUUAACGGACGCCUAAUUUAAUUUUAAUCUGCAUGUGUUGUGCUUAUGUGGAUCAUUUAGAGUGCAUUUUGGCGGCGCAUGUUGUCGUUGUCGAUUUGUGUUUCGUGCGAUUUUUAUUUGUUUAUACCUAUGGCGGGAUGUUGCAGAUUACCCCUGAGGUAACAGCGCUUCGACGUUGCUGAUACCAUUUAAUCAGGAGACAAUAUAACACAACAAUCACCCAUCAUGUCUUGGAUAUUUUUCACCAUAAUCGGACUUUUAGCCGUUCAUCAGGCUGAACUCUCCGGAGUUUUUGAAUUACGACUGAUCUCAUUCGACAACGAAGCCGGCAAAAAUGAUUUAGGGACGUGCUGUACUGGAAAAACGAAAUCAAAUGCGGAAUGUGACGGACUUUGCAGGCCCAGAUUCAGGGUUUGCCUAAAGGAAUACCAAGUUAAAAUUGACACAACAUCGAAAUGUACUUUCGGCGAUAAAAUAACGCCGGAAUUAGAUCCGAAUCCGAUUUCGGAUACGCUGGAAAAUGGAUUUUCUAACCCUAUCGCUUUGCCGUUCCCGUUCACGUGGCCGGGCACCUUCUCGUUAAUUGUGGAAGCAUGGCAUGGCAAUGAAACAUCACAUUCUGCAGUACUAGUGAGCAGACUAACGAGACAACGAUAUUUAGACGUCAGCGACCAAUGGACGGAGGACGUCCACCGGUCGGCGUACUCCACCCUCAAAUUCAAGUACAGGGUGACUUGCGAUUCCCAUUACUACGGGAAAGGUUGCGAGAAUCUGUGCAGGCCUCGAGAUGACAGCUUCGGCCACUACAGUUGCUCUCCAUCGGGAGAACGAGUGUGCCUGGCAGGAUGGACGGGAGAUUACUGCACGAAACCGCAAUGCUUGCCUGGAUGCGACGAACAACAUGGACAUUGUGCGAAGCCGAAUGAAUGCAAGUGUCAAUCUGGAUGGGAGGGCCCGUUGUGUAAUCAAUGUCAACGGUAUCCGGGAUGCAUGCACGGCACUUGCGUCAAACCGUGGGAUUGCCUUUGCAACGAAGGAUGGGGAGGACUGUUUUGCAAUCAAGAUUUGAAUUUUUGUACUAACCACAGACCGUGCCGCAAUGGUGGGACAUGUUUUAACACAGGACAAGGGAGUUAUACCUGUAGCUGCCCCGCAGGAUUCAACGGUACCGAUUGCGAAAUUCCUGCCGACGAUUGCUUGAGGAGCCCUUGCUUGAACGGAGGCACUUGCAGUCCCAAAGGCGGUUACAACAUUUGCUCGUGUCCGAUCGGCUACAGUGGUUUGCAAUGCGAAACCGUCGUUAACUACUGCAGCAAACGUCCGUGUAAAAACGACGGUGUUUGCACCAACACCGAAAACGGAUUCCAUUGCUCCUGCAAAUCCGGAUUCAAUGGAGUUUACUGUGAACACCAAAUAAACAGAUGCUUGCCGAAUCCUUGCAAAAACGACGGCAUAUGCGUUGAAUCGGCUGAAGGAUUUCAAUGUGCUUGUCCGAGUGGAUUUACCGGUGAGUUAUGUGAUAUCAACAUUGACGACUGUAAAGGGAGCCCAUGUCAAAAUGGUGGAACCUGUAUUGAUAAAGUAAACGAGUUCCGUUGCCACUGUGUAGCAGGUUAUGUAGGACCACUGUGCCAAAAUCGCGUAGAUUAUUGCAUUACAAAACCUUGUGCCAAUGGCGGAACAUGUCUGCAACUAAUAAAUGACUAUAAAUGUAAAUGUGCUCCUGGAUUCGCAGGAAAGGAUUGCAGUGAAGAGGUAGACGAGUGCGUGAUAAAUCCUUGCCAUAACGGGGGCACAUGCGUGAAUCUCGUUCACGGUUACGAAUGCUUGUGUCCAAGCGGGUUUCUCGGCCACGAUUGCGACGAAGUGUCAUCGAGUGCUGCUCCAAGUGCCAGAGUAUCAUCCGAAUCGAAUCUAACGACUGAACACGUCGUUGUCAUCGCCACUAUAUCGACGUUCGUGCCCGUCGUCGUUCUAGUGGCCGUGGGCGUCAUAUUUUGCCUAAAACAACGGCGGAAACGCGAAAAGGCUCGCGCCGAUGAAGAAGCACGCCUGCAAAACGAACAGAACACGGCUAAUAGCAGUUUCGCGAAACGCGGCGCCGCGAUGUCGACCGAUCCUCACAUGAUCAAAAAUUCGUGGGGCAAGUGCACAAACAAUGUUAUCAGUUCGAACUUUUCCUCGCCGGACGACUGUAGUGUUUCUAACAUCAGCAUCAACGACUGUGAUGGUUUUCCGAAGCCGCAACACCAGGUCAUCGACGGACGGCCUGUCUAUACCUUGCAGAGGACGCGUUCUCAGAAGCAACUGAACACUGAGACAGGUGCUCGAGCAUCAGCCUUGUUAGCUGCCAAAUUGCACGAGCCUGAUUACGAACACCUCAAACGUUUGUCUGUGAUGUCAAACGCAUCGGCUGUGUGCGGCUCUAGUGAUCCCUCCUUAAUGAAAAGGCCAUUAGAAAAGGAGUCGAAUGGCGUUUAUGUGAUAGAAGAGCACUUUCAUACUCCAGAUGCGAUCUCAUCUGGUCUUUUCGCCACGGAGGUGUAGAUAAUUUAAAACGAAUGACUGAAGUAUGUAUGUGAUGCCGGUGCUCCCGUCAGUAAUGGUCUACUGUACAGUUAUUUAUUAUUUUUUUUCCUAUCUCCUGACGGAGGCAUUGACAAUUUAACUUAUGUUUGUAUGAUUAUUCAAAUUCGAGCUAGUGCCUCGUGUCCAAGAAGUUUUGCUAUUCUCUCGACUCCUUUUUGGGUAACACCAAUAAUUGAUCAAGCUGUCAUCAUCAUUUGUAAAGGCAUUUUUUUUGUUUAUAUUGUAUAUAUCUCGAUGAUUUUUGUUCUGUUUAUUUUCGUAUUUAUGUAAUUUACCAAUGGUGAAUGCACUUGGAUAAGAAACCAAAGAUCUUGGUAUUGCGCAAAAACCCGACUUUCGAGCAUAGCAAGGCUGCAUUUUGUCAAGUAGUAUGUAACUAACGUAAUAAUUUUAUUGUUAUAGAAUUUUUGUGAUGAAUCUGAAGCAAACUAAGUCACCAAUGUACUUAAUUAGGCUUUCCUCAAUAUUUGUAAGCCUUCUAUUUUUAUGUUGCAAUUGGUGUUAAUAUGCAAUCAUUUACAAUGAUAGGCCAGUGAUAUUUAUUUUAAAUUAAAACCGAUAGCAACAUUCCAUUUAAUAAAAAACCGAUUUCUGUAUGAAUAAAGAAUCAAUGUUCCUGAUUUUCAAACUAAGUCAUUUACAUUCAAUAUUAUUGAUAGACCAAGGCCCAGCAAAAAACUUCUUUGUCUUUCCAUAACAUUGACUGACAACUGUUGUACACUACUUAAAUUCUUGGGCAAGUUAAAGACUUAAUAUUGAUAAAUACGUUUUGUAAUAUAUAUAAUUGUAUAUUUAUAGUAUGUAACUAGUAAAAAUUGUUCAUGUUUCUUAAUAAAUUACUUCUUUAGAGAAGCGGCUGUAUUGUUC